UACGAACUGGAGGGUGUGUGCGUUCCCGCAGCAACAGGGAAGAUGGCAGCUCUCACAUCUCUCACCCAGCUGUCAAGUGGGAACCCUGUGUACGAGAACUUUUAUAGACAGGUGGACCCAGGAAACACGGGGAGAGUAGGGCCCACGGAAGCUGCGUUGUUCCUGAAGAAAUCUGGCCUUCCUGAUGUCACCUUGGGAAAGAUCUGGGAUUUGGCAGACCCAGGUGGGAAAGGGUUCUUGGACAAACAGGGGUUCUAUGUAGCUCUGCGGUUGGUGGCCUGUGCACAGAGCGGACAAGACGUCAGCCUCACUAGUCUGAACCUGACUAUCCCUCCCCCCAAAUUUAAGGACACUAGCAGCCCAUCGCUCAGCACAUCAUCGGUCUCUAGUGAACCCCACUGGGCUGUGAGGCCCGAAGAAAAGGGUAAAUUCGAUGGGAUAUUUGAAAGUCUUGCACCAGUCAGUGGACUGCUCUCUGGUGACAAAGUAAAACCAGUUCUAAUCAACUCAAAACUACCUCUGGACGUGUUAGGAAAGGUUUGGGAUCUUAGUGACAUUGAUAAAGAUGGACAUCUGGAUGGAGAUGAGUUUGCUGUGGCCAUGCACCUGGUCUAUCGGGCACUGGAGAAGGAGCCGGUCCCCUCUGUUCUCCCCUCCUCUCUCAUCCCUCCUAACAAGAGGAAGAAGUCUCUGGUUGGCUCCCUCCCUGGCACCGUGCCUGUGCUGCCCGCCAGCCCCCCACCCCCCAAGGACAGCCUGCGCUCCACCCCUUCCCACGGCAGCAUGAACUCCCUCAACAGUGCCGGCAGCCUCUCCCCCAAACACACACUCAAAUCUGCGCAGCACUCAGUGAACUGGGUGGUCCCGGUGACAGACAGAGGACGCUUUGAUGAAAUCUUCCUGAAGACAGACUUGGAUCUGGAUGGCUUUGUCAGCGGAAUGGAAGUCAAGGACAUCUUCAUGCACUCAGGGCUGCCCCAGAACCUACUGGCACAUAUAUGGGCCCUGGCAGACACCAGGCAGAUGGGGAAGCUGACGCGGGAGCAGUUUUCUCUGGCCAUGCACUUCAUCCAGCAGAAAGUCAGCAAAGGCAUGGACCCUCCUCAGGCCCUGACACCUGACAUGAUCCCCCCUUCAGAGAGGGGCACUCCCGUUCCAGUGUGUACCACUCCCUCCCAUAGUAUGUCUGGGUAUGUGACCCCUGUGAGCUCUGAGAUGGCUGCUCUAUCUGAGAUGAGGCGGCAAAUAAUGUUCAAGUUCUGGGACAGCUCCAGUUCUGUUGGGUCAGGGUCAGAGUUCACUGGAAUCAAAGAGCUUGAUGACAUCAGUCAAGAGAUUGCUCAGCUGCAGAGGGAGAAAUUCACCCUGGAGCAGGACAUCAGAGAUGCUGAGGAGGCCAUCAGACACAAGUCCUCAGAAGUGCAGGAGAUGCAGAACGACCUGGACAGAGAGACGUGCAGUCUGCAGGAGCUGGAGGCCCAGAAGCAGGAUGCCCAGGAGCGGCUGGAGGAGAUGGACCAGCAGAAGGCCAAGCUGGAGGACAUGCUCAACGACGUCAGGAUCCAUUGCAACGAGGAGUCCCAAAUGAUCUCAUCUCUGCAGAACCAGAUCCACUCCCAGGAGACAGACCUGCAGAGCCAGGAGGAGGAACUGAGCCGGGCUAAAGCAGACCUGAACCGGCUGCAGUUGGAGGAGAGCCAGAUGGAACAGAGCCUGACUGCCGGCAAGUUCCAGCUGGAGACCAUCAUCAGGUCCCUCAAAGCUACUCAGGACGAGAUCAACCAGGCUCGCAGUAAGCUGUCUCAGAUCCAGGACAGCCAGCAGGAGAUGAAUAAGAGCAUUGAGCAGUACAACAGCACCUUGAAUGGGACCCACAGAGGCAGCAUGACCAACCUGGCUGACAUGAGCGAGGGAUUCCCCGACCGUGAGAACGGAGAAUUCGGCGCCAUGGAGGACCCGUUCAAGGUGAAUACAUCUGGGUUCAAUAGCGUCCCUCAGGAGAUGCACACAGACCCCUUUCACUCCGAAGACCCCUUCAAGACAGACCCGUUCAAAGGUGACCCCUUCCAAAAUGACCCUUUUGCAAAGCAGUCAUCACUACCAGCCUCUGCAGAUCUCUCUCUCCACCCAGACCCCUUUGGGGGGGACCCCUUCAAAGAGACGGACCCCUUCAAGGCCUCGUCAGAAGACUUCUUCAAGAAGACCACCAUCAAGGCAGACCCCUUCAGCACCACCGACCCUUUCAGUAAAAGUGCCACCCUCCCCACCAAGACAAGUCAUUUUACAAGCAGCGCAGACCCUUUCUUAUCCAUUAGCCCAAAACCCACCAGAGGGCCAGGACCAGAUCUCUUUGGUACUCUGGACCCCUUUGGAAGCAGCACUGCUUUUGGAGGCAGUAACAGCUCAUUUGGCAGUAUCAGUAACAGUGGGUUUGCAGACUUCAGCCAAAUGUCAAAGAUCAGAGACCCAAUGGAAGGAAGAGGAGGUUUCCCAGAAUACCAGCAGUCGGGGUUUGUGGAGGACCCCUUCAGUAGGAAUCAGGACGGCCCAGCUCUGCCGCCCAAGAUGAGUGUUCCCCCCAGACCCAAACCUCCCAGUGGUAAAAGCAGCCCUGUCAACUUGCCUGGAGGAGCGGGCGACUUGGCCAAGCCCUGCGACCCCUUCCAGCCAUUCGGCAGUGACGCCAUCGACCCAUUUCAGAGUAAAAAGGUGGUCGGAGACCCCUUUAGUGGCAAAGACCCUUUUGCUCCUUCUGCCUCAAGUAAAGCCUCUAAAGACUCUUCCUUGGGUUUUGCAGACUUCAGUUCUUUUGGAAAUGAGGCUCAGCAACUGGAGUGGGCGAAGCGAGAGAGUGAGCGAGCGGAGAGGGAGCGGCUGAAGAGACUCCGGCAGCAGGAGCAAGAGGACUUAGAGCUGGCCAUCGCUCUCAGCAAGGCCGAGAUGUCUCACGGGUGACCUGGACUGGACUGGAAACACACACACACACACACACACACACACACACACACACACACACACACACACACACACACACACACACACACACACACACACACACACACACACAUCCCACUGCACAAAAACUGGUUGAAUCAACGUUGUUUCCACAUCAUUUCAACAAAAAAUAAAUACGUGUGAUGACAUUGAAUUAACGUUGAAAACUCAUUGGAUUUGUAAAAAGUCAGUAACGUAAGGGUAUUUAGUAUUUUUUUCAACCAACUUUUAACCUUAAUCCAAUGACAUGGGGAUUUUUUUUGUUGAGUUCACGUUAGUUGACAACUCAAAGAAAUGUAAAUCAAAACUAGACGUUGAACUGAAUUCUGUGCCCAGUGGGAUGCCCACACACAUAGAGAUACAGACACAUAUAGACAAACACACACCUAUAGAUACAGACACAUAUAGACAAACACACACAUAUAGAUACAGACACAUAUAGACAGACACACACAUAUAGAUAAACACACACAGAGAUACAGACACAUAUAGACAAACACACACAUAGAGAUACAGACACAUAUAGACAAACACACACAUAGAGAUACAGACACAUAUAGAUAAACACACACAUAGAGAUACAGACACAUAUAGAUAAACACACACAUAGAGAUAAACACACACAUAGAGAUACAGACACAUAUAGACAAACACACACAUAGAGAUACAGACACAUAUAGACAAACACACACAUAGAGAUACAGACACAUAUAGACAAACACACACAUAGAGAUACAGACACAUAUAGACAAACACACACAUAAAGAUACAGACACAUAUAGACAAACACACACAUAGAGAUACAGACACAUAUAGAUAAACACACACAUAGAGAUACAGACACAUAUAGAUAAACACACACAUAGAGAUACAGACACAUAUAGACAAACACACACAUAGAGAUACAGACACAUAUAGACAAACACACACAUAAAGAUACAGACACAUAUAGACAAACACACACAUAGAGAUACAGACACAUAUAGACAAACACACAGAUAGACAUACUCUUACUAGCAUUACUCGUACACAUACACAUGCGUGUACGACUCACACACCAUACCCCAUCACACUGUGAAGGACCUGGAGCUGGCCAUUUCUCUCAGGGCCGAUGUGCCCAACACAUGACCGCUUCCUUAACCACACACACAGACACACACCACCGCCACAACACACAUACACACGCCAUCUGAUACGCACACACAGAAACACACACCUCACCACACAAUCUCUGGAUGGACAAACUCUCAAAGCAAAAAAAAAUACAAAACAGAACUUUUGGGGUUAUCUUGUGACCUGUGGAAACCAGUGGUGUAGUGGAGGGGAAACGCAAGUAAAUGCAGUUUACCAACCUUUUUUAUUUUUUGUGACAGUUAAUCCACCUUUUGUGGAAAAAUGCAUUACUUUUUUCACCACGACCGGUGAUCAGAGUUUACCAACCUAUUUUUUACCACUACAUCACUGGUGGAAAUGGAACUGGAUUUGACUUUACGGUGGUAGGUUGGAGUUGGAGUGGGAGAUUGAAGCCAACAAUCACAAUCUCGCUUACUGUUUUUAAUUGAUAGGUGGGGAGGGGAAAAGAUGAUGACCCGGGGUUUAAGAAUGAACUGAUGCACUGUUUAAAUGCACUAUAGAGGCUGGCUCAACAUGAAAGAUGUAAAGAUGAACAUAAUCUUUACAACUGUGUUGUUUUGGUGAAUGAGCAGGAAUCGCAACUAGAGCUCUGACAGAUGUGAAAAAGGGAAUACCUAAAGGUUAUGCUGGAAUGCUUAUUAAGAUUGAGACAUUAUUUUAGUAUUGGUUUAUUAUGUGAAUGUGGCAAGCCAGUGGCAGGGUUCUUCUCUGACUGGCUACUGUAAGUGUUUUGUGAGAGAGAGGUCUGUUUGGACCAGAACAAACUGUACAGAUAUAUAUUUUAUUUUCUUUGAGUGUGAGAUAGUAGAUGCAUUGUUUUGACAAUAAUUCAGUGCUUCAGCGAACAUAGGAAGAAGGAAUGGGUACUUAGCUGUGCCUCCUCUGAAAGUUCAAGUAAGUUCACAAAGCUGUGAUGUAUAUCAAACAACAACCAAAAAGGCGAGAUGAGGGAAAUUAUUUCAAGUUUAUUAUAGAGUUUUUUUUUAUUAUAAUUUUUUUUACUAUGUGAUGUGUUAUUUUAUUAUUUUAGGUAUUAUUUGUUAAAAGACAGAUACAUGUUGUUUAUUAUGAUUCAAGUUGAAAAGAGCUGCCAAAAUUUACAAACCUACAAGCACAAGCUGCAGAGAGGUUAAAGAAAGUUAGAAAUGGCCUGUGGUUUUCUUCAGCUAACCAUCAAUGAUAUGCAAAUUCAUUAGGUCACAUGAGUUUCACAGCUAUAACUGGAAUAUUCCGCUGUUUACGGUACAGUGUGUCAUAGUUUGAUGUUACAACUUGGGCUCAACCACUUUUAUUUAUAGCUGCUUUGUCUUUUACUUGAAACUCCUUGCUGAUGGUACUGCUUGCUUAGCACAUUACACCUGUGGGUUUUACUUCACUUUCACCUUAAUUAAGCUUUGAAUUGAACUGAAUAGAGAUGAUGAUAAUAGCAGCUGAGGUCCUAACCAUAUGAAAAGGACACUUACAUUAAUUGCCCCUGUGUUCUAUGUGUUCCUGUUGUACUGAACUGUAUGUGUCCUACAUUGACUUUUAUAAGCUUCCAUGUAAUGUCAUUGUUGUCACCUACUAUUGUACUAGUCUGAGUGAAAAGACCUAUGGGAUGUUGUGAAAAUGCAUUAUGAAAGUUUCAUCCCCCUUUGGGUUGGAAAAGGACAUGAUUUAAGUUACAAUUCAGUGGUAUGGGCCGUUAACGCUGCCACAAGGUGGAAAUAGAAACCAUCUCUCCGUAACAUUUAUUUGUUAAUGUUUACAUAUCAAACUUCUUUGCUCUAGUGGUUAAAACAGUGUAAUUAUAUUCUAUGUGAAGAACCUGUUCUGGUACAGAUCUGACCUUUAACUGUGCUGCUGUAUAUAGCUGACUCACUGGGCAAAAACUGGUUGAAUCAAUGUUGUUUCCACGUCAUUUUAACAAAAAAAAUGUAUGUGAUGACAUUGAGUCAACCUAGAAAAAAGUCGUCAACGUGAGGGAAUUUGGUCUUUUGGGUUAGGGUUAGGGUAACCUAACGAAGCAGUGGUAAAAAAAACGCCUGAAACUAGAUCCCCCCUACAUACUGGUCUUGACGAGAAGGAAAAAAACUGUUGGGGGAGGUUCUCUUCUGCACUGUUCAACCAAUCCAGUAAAUGUGGAGGAGGAGUUAAGAUGGUGCGCCGUCUCUUGUUAACGCCUAAAUGUGGAAGUCGCUUCACAGGCUCUUUUUCCAUUUCCCCUUAAAACCGGAUCAUCCGUUUGUUGGGUACUCGGCAGAGGCUAGGGUUAGGGUACCCCUAACCCUAACUUUUAACGUAAAUCGAAUGACAUGUUGAAUUUUUGUUGUUGAAUUCAUGUUAGUUGACAGCUCAACCAAAUGUAAAUCAAAACUAGACGUUGAACUGAUGUCUGUGCACAGUGGGGAGGUAACCUGUGGUCGUCUGCAUUUGACCCUUGACCUUUUUGGCCCUACCUGUGGUGUUUUAAUCACAGGUCAGACUCUCGAAGCUUGGGAUGCCAACACUCCCGCCUUACCCAGCAUGCUCUAUGUCAGAACCCCUGUAGUGUGCCUUCGGGUUAGGGGAAAUCCACAGUGAGGGUGUUUGGUUGGCCGGAGACUCAGCCACAGCUCUCUGUUCAUUGGUCAUUUCAUGGCCCUUUUUGUAUGCCUUGAAAAUACAUCCAUCCUUUCUUACUCCAUUCUUUGAAGUUAGCCUAGCGGUUAAGAGCAUUGGGCCAGUAACUGAAAGGUUGCUGGUUCAAAUCCCUGAGCCGGCAAGGUGGAAACAAAUCUGCCAUUCUGCCCUUAAGCAAGACAGUUAACCCCCAACAACAACUGCUCCCCAGGCGCGAUGAUGUCAAUUAAGGCAGCACCUCUCUGAUUCAGAGGGGUUGGGUUAAAUGCUGAUGACACAUUUCGCUUGAAUGCAGUCAGUUGUGCAACUGACUAGGUCUUCCCUUGAUCUGACACUGUUGGAUUGGUGAAAGAAAGGGUUCCAUUAUGUAUCCCAAUCACCCAUCCAAUCAUUUCAGAUUAGUGAGGCAGGAUGGAAGGAUGCAUUUUGAGAGUAUUGAACUAGGGCCCAACACUACCUAGUGUUCUCUACAAACUUACCACUCAUGCUGUAUUUUGUCUUUGAUACCUACAUCGUGCAAUAGAUUUUAUUUCGUAUUUUUCUCGUUGUUCGUGUGCUGAAAAUACCUGUGAAUCCCAUUGGACUUUUAAUGUCUAUGCUUUUAAUGUGAGUGCUCUCUGCCCCAACUUGGCUGAGUUUGAUCAUACAUUCAGAGAUCCAUGCAGAGGACUAAUACAAGCCUAAACAGAUUGUAGAGAUUGUAGAGGACUUAUCUUUUGUUUUUCUGACAACUGAUCUGACUUCUGAAGCUCGAUGCAUUCCUUUUUCAUUGGUCUGCCUUUAAUUGUCUUUCCGCUGUAGAUGAAAAGAAAUAAUCAAAGCUGUCUUAAACGGUAUAUUAUGUCUGUUAUAUUUGUCCCAUAAGAAGUGAAAAAAUUUGCAACUUAAAACAUUUUGAGGAUAUAUGACUAUACACUAAGAGUAAAAAAAAAAAUGCUUGAAUUUAUUUUAAAUGUUAAUCCUAUGUACAUGGUCAUUGUUUACUAGAAUAAACAUUUCAUUUAAAUAA